AUGAAGUCACUCGCUCACCAAAUCAUAACAGAGAAGAUAAAAGAUGGGAUUUUCGACUGGAUCGAAGCCGGUGAUGACCUCGACCUCCGCGGUUACUUGCAAAUGUAUUUUGAACGAAGGCAUGCAGAAACAUGCGAGUGGUUAUUUGAUGAACCGGAAUUCCAACGCUGGCGUGAUGAUUUGAGCACCAGUGUGUUCUGGUACAAUGCACCACUGGGUUCGGGGAAGACGGUUCUUUCAUCGGCCGUCAUCAACCAUUUGACGAAGAAGAACCUUCCGACGGCAUACUACUUCUAUUCUUUCAGCGACUUCACUUUGAGGAAGGCUAUUACCGGUCCUCGUGCCCUUGCUCUUCAGCUGCUUAACAUUAUGAAGACUGGAAUUCCGGAUUCAGUGGUUGCACUUUACCAGAGUGAGAUGGCACAACAUGCAAGAUACAUACAUAUCCCGUCUGUCGCAGUGGAAACAGUGAACUGCAUCUUAAAGGGCUGCAGCCUUGUCUACGUGAUUGUGGACGGCCUGGAUGAAUGUGUUGAUGACCAAAUAAUGCGGGAUAUGUUCACAAAAAUUGUAUCUGCUCCAGCUUAUGGCAUCACCAAAUGGUUUUUCACCAGCCGAAAUGAUGAGAAUAUUCGAAACAUGAUGAAGCAGCUGAAUGCUGUGACAUUCACUCCAAAUCCAUCCACCCUAUCUGCCGAUAUCAAGCUGUUCUUGUCAGACGGGCUACAGUCAAUCGAGGGUGCCGCAAAUCAUAUCGAUUAUUUCGUUGAGAAACAUAUUGAAGGAAGCUUCCUUUAUUCGAAAUUCUUAGUUGACACACUACAGGGGGAAGGAAUCACCUGUGACAACGAUAUCAGAAAGGCAUUGCAAGAGUUUCCCAAAAGUCUGACUGGAUACUAUAUUCGUACGCUACUCAAGCUCUGCGAAAGGCACGAACGAGAACAAGAACUCGUGAAGAGAGUUUUUAGGAUACUGAUCACUGCAGUGCAGCCUAUUACAUGGAACGAACUCUGCAACGCACUUGCUAUCCGGACCGGCGCGAAAGAUCAUCUGAAAGGAAAUGAGCCUCGAGAACAACAGAUUCAUUCGCUCUGUGGAUCCUGGUUACUCUUAGAUACCUCUUCUAAUGACAGCAAGAACAAUCAGAAGAUCAGACUCGGUCAUAAAACCAUCCAAGACUUUCUCACACAAGACGCCCAAGAUCUUCUCAUCAACCCAUCCAUUCGGCAGAUGGAACAGGACAAUCUCGCCCGAAUCCAGAAAUUCUUUGUCAACUCGAACGAAGCUUUUCGACAAGGUGGACGCGACUGCUUGACAUUCUUGACCUACAAGCGGUAUGAGUCUUUCGCUACUGCCAAAGCAGUGCUGGCGGACGAGAAUAACAGAGAACACUCGUUUUUGAAAUACGCUGCAGCCUUCUGGUUCAUCCACUUUAUAGACGCCGACAACCACUGCGAAGAGGAUUUUGAAGAGAUAAGGCGCUUUCUAGAAAGUACAAAUCUUUGGACCUGCGUUGCUGUACAGAGUCGCAUCGUUCCUUAUCUUUUCGGCCACUACGCUCGAAGAGAAGCCGGCACGUACCAGAUGAGCUUGCGACAAACGGGCUGGUGCGACGAGGAUUCUUUCGGUGUUCCAUUGCCUACAUGGCUGGAGAAAUAUCCACCUCAUGGACCCGCAUUGGAUCUUGACUUCUGUGCUUUCAUAAACGAUUGGCAUGAGGUUCUUGCCUCCCGGCCGGAUGUACUAGAUCAAUGUGUUCCGCUGGGCACUAUGCAAUCCAAGCUUGGAGGUGAAUUUCCUCAAUCAGAAAGAAUCAAAGUCUGGAAAUCCGACGAAAAGCUCAAUUUAAGUGAUAUCUCAGACCUUCGGCUGACUUCCAUAUAUCUUUCAAAGGGGAAAUUGCUCGCCGACUUGAUUUAUCAUAACCGCAAUGAUCCUUCAGACCUCUUUCAUUAUCAUCCUGUCUCAAUAUUUUCGAAGAGCAAGGCAACUGACGGCACUUUCCAUCUCAGCACCCGAACCACGAACUUGAAUUGGGAACGAACUGCAUUUCAAGUCCAAGGGUCGUCUGCGAUGGUCAAUAUUCUGGAAUUUGAUACAGUGUCUAGGCAGCUCAGAUCUACUCAAAACGCUGUCUGCAAAACAUUCUCAGCACCAAGCCCCUUGGCGGAAACUCGCCCAAACGAGAAUUGGCAAGUGAUCGAGAAAGACAGCAAAGCUACAGGAUGGGGAAUAGUGACCCUCUUUCACAUCUCAAAAGAAACUUUGAAACAAGGAUCAAUAUGGCAAUGCGAUCAACCAAGUUCUGAAUCAGACUCUGACUCCUCAGACUCAGACUCAGAAUCAGAAUCUGGAUCAGGCUCAAGCUCCGACUCCGACUCAGACUCCGCCUACCACUCUGGCUAUGAUGAGGGACGACACAGAGAGACCGAGUCACUCGAAAAGCAAGCAGGAAAAUGGCUGAUCUUAUAUCAUCAGUCCUAUCCACCCCUCUGGAUUCCUUCAUUGGACCACAAUACUGCUGGAAUUUCAUUUGCGGCACAUCCAUCUCUGCCGCUGGUCGUUAUAGAUUCCAUUAAGGGACAGGCCAUAAUUGCCAGAUUUGACAGAGAAGAAUGGAAUCCUAUAGACUAUCCAAAUACCUCUACAGAUGAAGAGCUCCUUUCUUAUCAAGACCUUCACUUUUCUUCGUGCGGAAAGUUUCUUCACUGCCUAAGCGCCUCGUUCACCGAUGGCGAUGACUACUCGGAGUGUCAUUUGUGUCUGUCUACAUAUUCGUUUGCACCGGACCAUGAGAUUUCCAAGUUUGAAGAAAGCCCGACCCCCAAACCCGAACUCACAUAUAGAUUUGGAGAACGAAUCCAGAGUCUCCCACCUCAUCUUCCGGUUCUCGUCCACUGGAACGAGAAUGAGGUGGUCAUUGCUCUGCCACCAUUAACAUGUGAGCCGAAACUAGUCAAGUUCGACUUGCAUGCGCCGAAUUCCCAAGUAGUGAAAACACUACAAGAUCCAAUAUAUUUCCCCUCCUCGGUGCUAUCCUCAAAUCCGGCUCUGUUGUACCGGCACAGAUCUUCAAAAGAGCAUGAAUUAUUCCUCUCGUUGGCACGAAAGUCACCACAUCGGUCGAACUUGAAUACGCCAGAGGGGCAAACUCAUACACCUGCUGCAUCUCCGGCUUUGCCUGUAGUGAUGCGUUGGAAAAUCCCGAAUGAAAAUGGAUGGAGGGUAUGGGACCCCGAACGCGAUGAAAGGUCCACGGACUUAAAGCUGGGGGUUGACUAUAUUCGAAUGCUGCGUGGUGGAUUUGUUGACGAUGAGAGGAAAUUUGAUGUCCCGAUCAGGAGUGGACUUGACUGGACGCGAAAGGCAUACUUAUCUUGUGCUUAG